UUAGCUAGGGGAUUUAGGAACAGCCAUGACUGCAAACCUAGAGUUCCCGAUGACCUAGGACAAUCGAAAAGCUGGGUCACAUUAGGUCCAAAUCGAAGCACUCGGCUUUCUCAGACCCAGUUACUCUUCAAUGCAGCCAUGCCUCCCAACGCCUAUAACCGUGCUAGCCAAGUUGGCCCACCUGCACCCAUUGUGAUUGAGAAGCUGAUGCCCUGGGUAGAGGAUUGGGAUGACCUGGAUAGCACCUGCAGCUCUCUGUGUUUCUCUGCUCUGUCUGAGGUGCGUCUGCUGUCUGCAAUCAGGCUGGCCAAGAGAGAUCUGAGGAAGAGACGACAGGAGUCAUUGAACAGCUCCCCCAUCAGACCACAGCCAGAGGAGACAGUGGAGCAGCAGAAGAGGGUUUUUCCUAAGGGGAGGUCAAAGACAGAAGUGACUCGGUCUGGAGCCAAGGUGCUUGUAUACACCUCCCAGAAGUAUAUCUCUGUACCCCCUGGGCCUGAUCAUGGCCUGUCCCCCCCAACCAGAGACCCAGGCCCAAGGCACACAGCCAGCCAGGAGCCCCAGACAGCACUCAGCCAGGAGGCCCGCAGACUGCAGAGAGAGCUGGCCAACUACAUCCAGAGAUUAGAUCAGCUCACAAACAGAGGGCGAAUGGUUGCAGAGCCCUUGGAGCCUGAUGAGCAGCGCAGGAUGGUGGUCCGCAGACAGGAACAGGCAGCCCGCUCUGCACGCAUCAUCUAUGUGCUACAACAACAGGCGAAAGAGAUCCAAGAGGAUUUAGACAAACUGCGCUCACAGAAGAUUGAUCACACAAACAAAUCCAGAUCGAUGGACAGGUUGGCUGCUGCCCAAAGAGGGGCGAUCAGGGCCAUGCAGAGGUUCACUAAUCAGCUGUCUGACACGUCUGAGGGUAGGAUGCCCUCCCAUUGUAAAGAGUUGGGCCAGCUGAUCCGCCAGCUUUCUCUGUGCUCGGCCAAGGUGGAGGUGGGCCAGGGAUCAGCCAUCCCAGAGACUGCCCUGGACAUCCUGCAGAAACUAGGGACCCUGGAUACUGCUCAGGAGCAGGAGAGUCCAGUACAUAGGAGGCACGCCCGAGCACGCAGUUCCUCCCCUGCACGCUGCCGCAGGUCUCCACAUCGUAGCACGUCUCCCCCCCAUCCCCGUGCACCCAGGGGCUCUGCCACCACCAGGGGUCUCAGAGGACCUCGUAGAGCAGCAGGCCCCAAGAAGUCCUUCCCUGGUGAGCAACGAGCAGGUGUUCUCAUUCUAAUUCUACAAAAUAGGAGAGCGGUCCCUCAGCAUCAGCAGCCACCCAGAGCCACAGAGCCUCCUCCACAGCUGGAUCGCAGACAGGUGCUCAGGGCUGGCCUGGAGAGCCUGGUCCAUCUUAGAGAACUCAGGGAAGGUGGGGUACAGGUCCCCAACAGUCAAGGAGGAGCUCUGCACCCCGACAGGACAAAGAAGCAGGGAGCCCAUGUGAGGGAUGCAGGUUUACUGCAGCCAACAGUGGCUUCCAGGCUGAGAGUGGGUCAGUACCCACAGAAGGAGGCCUCUGUGCCCUGGAUACCCACGCCACCUCACUCUCCUCCUAAACAACAACAACGAGUGAAGAGACCAGAGCCUCGAUGUCUCUUCUCCCCUCUGAAGCUCUCCUCAGGCACCUCAGAGCAGCAGCUGAGUGGUGUGGUGUCUCUCCACUGGCUUCCAGUUGAAACUCGCAUCCGCUACAAGACCAUGGUGCUUGCCUACGGAGCUGUGAGGGGAACGGCACCUCAGUACCUCCAGGCUCUGAUCAGGCCCUACACCCAAACAAGGGCACUGCGUUCAUCCACCUCUGGCCUGCUCGCCUCCCUACCACUGAGGAAGUACAGUUCCCGCGCAGCCCAGUCAAAACUGUUCGCUGCUCUGGCCCCCCAAUGGUGGAACAAACUCCCUCACGACGCCAGGACAGCGGAGUCAAUCACCACCUUCCGGAGACACCUGAAACCCCACCUCUUUCAGGAAUACCUAUUCCUGUGCUCAAGGAAGCGAAGGUUUGCUGAUGACACAACAGGCCUGAUCAUCGAAAACGAUGAGACAGCAGUGUUGGGCCAGGACAACAACCUCUCCCUCAGUGUGAGCAAGACAAAGGAGCUGAUUGUGGACUACAGGAAAAGGAGGGCCGAACAGGCCCCCAUUAACAUUGAUGGUGCUGUAGUGGAGCGGGUCGAGAGUUUCAAGUCUGAGGUGGGUUCUCCAACCCAGUGGGCUGAGAGAAUUGAGAGGGAGGCCCGAGGGAGACUUCAGCCUCUCUUGGACCAGGCCCAAGAGACAUUUAAACUAUCCCUAAAAAAAAAUAAAGGGUUGGCUUUGGCUGCAGAGUGCGCUGAGGUGCUGAGUGAGGCCCUGCUAGAGGAGCUGCUGGCUGAUGCAGUGCUGGCCACCUGGGUGGCGGAGACAGACAGAUGGAGGGUUUGGCAGCUCCAGGCCCCCACCCUGGAGAGCAUGCUGCUACGCAUGGAGGAGAUGGAGAAAGACCAGGAAGUUGUGAGGAGGCACUUUUCUACCAUCACGUACUCAGACCCUCACUACUGGGACAAAGGGGACACAACUGGGGAACUCCUUUUCCACCCCUCUUUCUCCCAUCCCCAUCGCUCUCUCAAGGCCCUAGAGGCCUGCUCCAAGCCAGUCUCUCCUCAGCCCGUCAGGAUCACCGGGCCAACACUGAGACACACCACCACGGCUGACAUUGUCCUGGAGAGCCCUGUGGAGACCGGGUGUUUUUUCAUCUGGUGUUGCCAAAGCGCUCUUUUCUCUGAAUAGUCCUAUGCACAGAAUUCAAUAUAACAUUGUGUACUGUUACAGUAUCUGUAUGUUAAUAUUUGUAGUAAUCACCAUGCAAUACUGCAGCCACCAUCUUAGAGAAAGCUUCAAGCACUGUCUGACUUUAAUGGGUUGAUGUAUGGACAGAUGGUUUGAGAAACAGAUAUAUAUUAAUAAGGAAUAUAUGACAUUAUAUACUGGGUGGUUCGAGCCCUGAAUGCUGAUUUGUCUGACAGCCGUGGUAUAUCAGACCAUACACCACGGGUAUGACAAAUAAUUUAUUUGUACGGCUCUAAUUACAUUGGUAACCACUAUAAUAGCAAUAAGGCACCUCAGGGAUUUGUGGUAUAUGGCCAAUAUACCAUGGCUAAGGACUGUAUCCAGGCACUCUGCGUUGCGUCAUGCAUAGCCCUUAGCAGUGGUAUAUUGGCCAUAUACCACAACCCCUCAUGCCUUAUUGCUUAAUUAUACAUUUAUAAUUUGUUGAUGUUGCAGAUUGUAGUUAAUGGUUAUGAGAUGCUAUACUGGGUGAUGGGCCUUCUGCAGUCUCCUCUAAAUGGGAAUUAAUUACAGAGGGUAAUGGUGUAUGACAUCACUUAACCUGCUGUAUUAGCUGUACCUUAUCAGGCAGGAACUCAUAAAGGACAAUAUAACGAGACAAAACUGAUGCAGAACAUUGAUCCCCCAAAUGUAAGACGGUGAGAAAGUGCCCAACAAAACCACUGUCCCAAAAACUGUCAAUUACUUUAUUUUGCAGUUGACGUCCAUUCCAGACGAUCAAUAAAACGGAUGGAGGUGGAA